UUAUAUCCACCCGAUCAAGUUGCGUUUACUGCAUCUUCUUCAUCUUUUCUUCCGAUACUUCCCAUCCCUGAACACUGCAACAAACUUCUCUUAAUCCAUUUUUAAAAUCUUCUCUAUUUCUCUAAAACCCUCAACCAUGCCAGCGGAGACGCUUGCCAACCAGAACGGCGGCGUGGCCGCCACUUCCAAUUCAUCCGCCGCACCUGUUAAGAAAUCGAGGGAGAGUGAUCGACGUCGCCGUCGCCGGAAACAGAAGAAAAACAACAAAGCUUCCGAUAAGACAGCUCCCAACACCAACGAAGACAGUGACGAUGCUAAGGAGAAUACUGAUCCGAAGCAGGUUGUUGAACACGUUGAAGUUGAGUAUGUAGCAGAGAACUUAGACCAAUAUGAAGGCAUGAAUGAAGAAUUUAGAAAAAUAUUUGAGAAAUUUGCUUUCACUGAUGUCGCUGCUUCGGAGGAAAAUGAUAAGAAGGAUGAUGAGGCUGCAGAAAAUGCAGCUACUAAAAAGAAGGCUGACUCUGAUUCUGAUUCUGAUGAUGAAGAAAACGAAGAUGAGCAAAAAGAAAAAGGUGGCGUAUCUAACAAGAAGAAAAAGCUUCAACGAAGAAUGAAAAUUGCUGAACUGAAACAAGUUAGCUCAAGACCUGAUGUUGUUGAGGUUUGGGAUGCUACUGCGGCAGAUCCAAAGUUGCUGGUGUUUUUGAAAUCCUAUCGGAAUACUGUUCCUGUACCUAGGCAUUGGUGUCAAAAGAGAAAAUUUUUGCAGGGGAAACGGGGUAUUGAAAAACAACCCUUUCAGCUUCCUGAUUUCAUUGCUGCCACUGGAAUUGAGAAAAUCAGACAGGCGUAUAUUGAGAAAGAGGACAGUAAAAAGUUGAAACAAAAGCAAAGGGAGCGCAUGCAACCUAAAAUGGGAAAAAUGGAUAUAGACUACCAGGUUCUUCAUGAUGCAUUUUUUAAGUAUCAGACAAAGCCAAAACUGACAUCCCUUGGGGAGUUGUAUCAUGAAGGAAAAGAAUUUGAGGUAAAGUUGAGGGAGAUGAAACCUGGCUUGUUAUCACAUGACUUGAAAGAAGCUCUUGGUAUGCCUGAGGGUGCUCCUCCUCCAUGGCUUAUUAAUAUGCAGAGAUAUGGUCCUCCACCAUCAUACCCCCAUCUGAAGAUUCCGGGAUUGAAUGCACCCAUACCCACUGGAGCUAGUUUUGGUUAUCACCCUGGUGGUUGGGGCAAGCCUCCCGUUGAUGAAUAUGGGCGCCCACUGUAUGGAGAUGUUUUUGGUGUUCAACAACAAGACCAGCCUAACUAUGAGGAGGAGCCAGUUGAUAAGACGAAACACUGGGGUGAUUUGGAGGAAGAAGAGGAGGAAGAAGAGGAGGAAGAAGAAGAGGAGGAGGAAGAAGAAAUGGACGAGGAGGAACUUGAAGACGGUAUCCAAUCUGUUGAUAGUUUAUCAAGCACUCCCACUGGAGUGGAGACACCUGAUGUUAUUGACCUACGGAAGCAACAAAGAAAUAAGGAGCCGGAGAGGCCUCUUUAUCAAGUGCUUGAAGAGAAAGAAGAAAAAAUUGGUGCAGGAUCUUUACUUGUACCUGGACACACUUAUGUGGUUGGCACUGGCACCCAGGACAAAUCGGGUGCUAAAAGGGUCGAUUUGCUUAAAGGUCAGAAGUCAGAUAAAGUGGAUGUUACUUUACUGCCGGAAGAGUUGGAAGCCAUGGAAAAUGUUUUACCUGCGAAGUACGAAGAAGCAAGGGAGGAAGAGAAGUUGCGUAGUCAACGAGAAGAUUUCAGUGACAUGGUUGCAGAAAAUGAGAAGAAGAGAAAAAGAAAGAUGCAAGAAAAGGAGGGCAAGUCGAAGAAGAAGGACUUCAAGUUUUAGUUAUUUUUGGCAGGUAACUGGAGUUAGCAACUUUCAGAUUCGUGUAAUUCUCGGUUGUAAUUUUCACUUCCUAUGACCAGAGAACUUGUUUAUCUCACCUGUAAUACAUAAUUGCUUAAAAGUAGCUAUAUCACUGUAUUUAGCAGGAAUGUACGGUUACGUAAAUGAAAUGAAAAUACUCCUACAAUGGAAACACUAA